AUGGAUAAAUAUAAUCUGGAUUUCUUACCGAUAUCGGCAAGACCGAUUGUCAAACCUUGUAUACCGUUCAUCCUAGGAGGAACUUCGGGAUGUUUAGCCACGGUGUGCAUACAACCCAUAGAUAUGGUCAAGGUCAGAAUACAGCUGGAAGCAGCGGUGGGACAUGUACAACCAUCACCAAUCGCAUUAUUCAGACAAAUGCUCAAAAAUGAAGGGAUAUGUGCAAUGUAUAGAGGAUUAGAUGCCGCAUUUGCAAGACAAAUUUUAUACACGACAACAAGACUGGGACUAUUCCGCACUAUCAGUGAUAAACUCAAAGAACGACAAGGCACACAAAGCAUACCGUUCUACCAAAAAUGCAUGGUAGGACUAUUCAGCGGAGCAGCAGGAGCAUUCAUAGGAAACCCUGCAGAUCUAGCCUUAGUCAGGAUGCAAUCAAAUAUGUCACUACCAGCAGCGCAACGCAAAAAUUAUGGAGGCAUUUUCAGUACCGUAUGCCACAUCACAAAAGAAGAGGGAGUAUGCAGCCUUUGGAAGGGUGCGACGCCAACUAUAGUUAGGGCCAUGGCACUAAAUGUAGCUAUGUUGGCGACAUACGACCAGGCGAAAGAAAUGCUAAGCCCAUAUAUUAAAGAUAAAUCAACACUCGCUGUUGCUAGCAGCGGUAUCAGCGCAUGGUUUGCUGUAACGGCCGGAUUGCCCUUCGAUUAUGUCAAGACAUGCCUACAGAAACGUACACCAGGAAAACCACAAUAUUCAGGAGUCACUGACUGCUUCAUCAAAAAUUACAGAGAAGGCGGAAUCAAGAGAUUUUACGCAUCAUAUAGCGCAUUCUAUAUGAGAAUAGCACCGCAUAUAGUCAUUACACUUAUACUCAGGGAGUACUUCGAGCAUCUGUUGACUAGAAAACACUGA